GGGAUGUAAUAAUUGUUUCAACAUUGUGAUAAUGACUCAAAGUACAGUGGCGGCUAAAAAGCUACGCUGACGAUGGAAAGUUCAGUGACAGAAGUAUCAGAAGCCUGUAACCUGACGACCGCGAACAGCACAAGUGGUUUGGACCGCGACGAAGCUCUCGCUCAGGCCGAGAUAGCGACACUUGCCACAAUGUUGACGGUCACUGUCUUGGGUAACUUCGCUGUUCUGCUCGCUCUGUCAGCGAGACCGAGGAAGAAGCUUUCCCGUAUGUACUACUUCAUUCUGCAUCUUAGCGUGGCAGACCUCUGUACGGCUUUCCUGUCCGUGCUACCUCAGCUCGCCUGGGACGUCACGUACAGAUUCUACGGCGGUCCCCUCCUCUGCAAGAUCGUCAAGUACGGCCAGACGCUUGGUCCGUACCUCAGCGCCUAUAUUCUCAUGGCUACGGCACUGGACCGCUACCAAGCCGUGUGCCACCCGCUGGCCUAUUGUUCCUGGACGUCUCGACGCUCGCGAGCGAUGGUGUGGAUGGCCUGGGUGUUCGCCCUCAUCUUCUGCAUACCUCAGGUCAGUGCAGUAUAAAUAGACCUACUCCGUCCUCGGAACCUUGGCUCUUAUCUCAAAGACUGAGGAUCUUAGUGAAAUGCUUACAAGAAUAUUAAGUCUUAAGGAACAAAGUGUUAACCCGAAGUUGGUUGAAAUCGUAUUGUGAUCUUCAUAAUUUGUACCGUUCACUAAAUAUUAAACGCUGUUUUU